UUGGUCAUGUAAAGAACCAUCUACAGCUAUCCUAAUAUAUAUACAGAGAAGAGAGAGAAGAUUUCGAGUCCUCCUUCUUCUCCACAUUCGCAAAAUCUUCUGCUAUUCUUACUGUGAUUGUUGUUAUUUUUGUUCCGUUAUAUGUAUACAUAUAUUCUGAAUCUUUUUAUUUUUGUUUUUUGGUGAGUAUAUAUUCUGAUUAUUGCGAUUGGAAAAUGUAUGAGUAGAAAAGGGAAAUCAGAUGGAUUUGGAUGAUCGCAUCGUGUAAUUAUAGAAAGAGAAACAAGAGACUAUGGAGCAGCACGCCAAACGGCCUUGUAUGAGAGGCAGUACCUCCUCCAAAGAAGAAGAAGAAGAAGAGAAAGUUGUUGAGGAUACGGCUGCCUCUGACAAAGAAGAAGAAAUGGAGGAAGAGACAAAAGAUGAUACUGAUAUCGAUGAAUAUGUACUGGUUGAGCCUAGACGCUUCAUGACUGAUGAAGAAAUUCUUGAACAUCGGAGGCAGGUUAUUGAAAGCGACGGAUUCGAUGUUGAGAGGUUUGAAGGCAGGCUACCUGGUUCAAUUAAGCCCUAUAAGUUGACCGAAGCAAGAUGCCCUCCCUUGAUAGGUUUUUCCAAGCAAGCUUUGAAAGUCUACAAUGAGAACAACAAAACAAAAUUUGAAUUUUAUGAGCUUAAGAAAGCAAAUUCUCAAGGUGUUGCUGGUGUAAUGUUCUACAUUACUUUUGAGGCGAUAUCUGGCGAUAUAAUUGGAACCUUCCGUGCUAGGGUAUGGAAAAAGAUAAUGAACCAAGGUUCGCAGGUUAUGUCCUGUGAGAGGCAUUUGUGAGUUUGUCAAGUAUAAAUAUUACAUGAGCUUUUUUGUUAUGGUUUUGUUUGUUUAGACUAGUUAGAUUAAACUAGUGAGAUAUAGCACAUAAUCCCAAUCACCUUUGGAUCUUAAUUUGUUCCUAAUGGUUUUGCCUUUUAAAUAUUCUGCCCAAAGUAGACAUUGACUAAUUCUCUAUCUAUCAUCCAUAUAUUGGUGAAUGUUCACAUCUAUUGACAGAA